GCUCACUCUCUUACUCUCUUUCUGUCUUACUCUCUCCUCCCACCUGCAUUGCUAUCAGCACACUAAUAAGCGCGAGGGUACAGUCAAGGCAGCAGGAUCAUUGCAACUCUCUGCUCCUCUCUUUCUCUUUCUUUUUUUUUCCUUCUUCUUCUUUCUUUCUCUGCUUUCAUUCCUUUGUGCUCUUGUUCUUUUUUUAACCUUUCCCUCCCUCCACGUUCUCAUACUCUCCCUCUCUCCCUCUCUCCUCGGUGUAUACGUGCAUGUGUGGACCUUUGGAAAAACAGACGCCCAUGUGAGCAGCAGCAACAGAAGCAGAGCGGAGUGAAGGAGAAGAAGCAGAAGAGGAGAAGAAGCAAAGCGACUCGUCAGAGCGUUCCACCAUCAGCUCGGAGCAGCAGCGUCAGGAACGGGCAUGUGAGAAGAUGUCCGUGGGCGGCUGCGCGUGUCCGGGCUGUUCCUCCAAAUCAUUCAAGCUGUACUCCCCGAAGGAGCCCCCCAACGGCAGUGCUUUCCCCCCUUUCCAUCCCGGCAGCAUGCUGGACAGAGACGUGGGCCCAACGCCCAUGUACCCCCCCACAUACCUAGAGCCUGGAAUAGGGAGGCACACGCCAUAUGGGAACCAGACAGACUACAGGAUAUUUGAGCUUAACAAACGGCUACAAAACUGGACAGAGGAGUGUGAUAAUCUCUGGUGGGACGCCUUCACCACAGAGUUUUUCGAGGAUGACGCCAUGCUGACAAUCACCUUCUGUCUAGAGGACGGCCCUAAGCGAUACACAAUUGGCCGGACUCUGAUCCCGCGCUACUUCCGCAGUAUAUUUGAAGGGGGUGCAACUGAGCUCUACUAUGUGCUAAAGCACCCUAAGGAGUCCUUCCACAAUAACUUUGUGUCUCUGGACUGUGAUCAGUGUACGAUGGUCACUCAGAAUGGCAAGCCCAUGUUUACACAGGUAUGCGUGGAAGGACGUUUGUACCUGGAGUUCAUGUUUGAUGACAUGAUGAGAAUAAAGACAUGGCACUUCAGCAUAAGGCAGCACAGAGAGCUCAUUCCCCGCAGCAUCCUGGCUAUGCACGCUCAGGACCCGCAGAUGGUGGACCAGCUGUCUAAGAACAUCACAAGAUGCGGUCUCUCCAACUCCACUCUCAACUACCUCCGACUAUGUGUGAUCUUGGAGCCAAUGCAGGAGCUCAUGUCCAGGCAUAAGACAUACAGCUUGAGCCCCAGGGACUGUCUCAAGACCUGUCUGUUUCAGAAGUGGCAAAGGAUGGUAGCUCCUCCUGCGGAGCCAGCACGGCAGGCACCCAACAAGCGGCGGAAGCGUAAGAUCUCGGGCGGCAGCACCAUGAGUGCAGGAGGAGGCACCAAUAAUAACAAUAACAGCAAGAAAAAGAGCCCUGCUGGCAGCUUCCCACUCUCCAGCCAAGUACCUGACGUGAUGGUUGUGGGUGAGCCCACUUUAAUGGGAGGGGAGUUUGGCGAUGAAGACGAGCGUCUGAUCACGCGGCUAGAGAACACACAGUUUGACGCGGCCAACGGCAUCGAUGACGAGGACAGCUUCAACAAUUCUCCAGCCUUGGGCUCCAACAGUCCCUGGAACAACAAGGCUCCCUCAAGCCAGGAGAGUAAGAGCGACAACCCCACCUCCCAAGCCUCUCAGUGAGACUCAGGCCAAGAGGGGAGGGUACAGGAGGAUAGGAGAAGAGAGAGGAGGUCACGGAGGAAGUAGGGGUUUGGAGACACAUGGCCGACUCACUCAUCUACAUGCAGAUCCACUUUCACAAAAUGGCGGCCAUUCAUUUCGCCCCGUCUCAACGUGCUGGAGAGAAGAGUGAGACCGUGGGUCAGAGGAGAGCCAGGACUAAGAACAAGUGAAGUGUAAAUCAAAUGUAUUGGGUUUUAAGAACACGGUAACCAUGAAGUUGUUGGUGUUUUACUGGGCGAAUGCUCCUCUGAGGAAGGUGUAGAUAGUUCCCUUGUUUAAGUUAAGAAGGAGGUUGGUUGUAUUGUCCUCGGAGGAGAAGGCCGACGUGUAAAACGCCAGCAAAUUACACACACCCUCACAAAAUGACCAGAGGUGAAGGAUGAUGUCAGGUGUGUUUGCUCUAAAGCCCAGCUCAUCCCCCUCUGAAGCAGACAUCAUUACAGAUCUUUCCCUGCCAUUAGUGGAAGAUUCGGACUGAAACCAAGUAUACCACCGCCAUGCUGUAGAACAGCCCGGAAUUCUCAUUGUUUUAAAGAAGAAAAAAAAAAAGGUGAGAUGGCAAGCAUUUAAAUGAAACGUUUUGGAAAAUUUUAUCUGCAUUUUAUACCAGCCUCUAUUUCCCUAGAAUGUUUUUAUUUUCCUUUUUUUUA